AUGCUCGGGCCAACAGUGACCUCCGAUUCGAACACCACAGUCAGCUCGUCAACGCAAUUCUUGGAGAAACUUAAAGGAGUAAGUCUCCUGCCAAGCGAUAUCAUGGUUUCCUUGGAUGUCACGUCCCUUUUUUACUUCUAUCCCGCAGGACCUGGCAGUCGAGACCAUCGAGCUACUCCUACGAGAGAAAUACGACGAAACGGAGAAUCGCCUCGGACACGCCCAAAUCAUCCAGCUCCUGAAGUUCUGUCUCAAGACGUACUUUACAUUCGACGGAACAAUCUACGAGCAGGUGAAGGGAACGCCAAUUGGUUCGCCGAUUUCGGGACUCAUAGCCGAGGCGGUCCUACAACGGCUGGAGUCGCUGGUUUUCCGACACCACAGACCGAAAUGCUGGGCUCAGUAUGUGGAUGAGACCUUCGUCGUCAUCGAACGGGAUCAGGUGCUGACGUUCAAAGAACAACUCAACGCCGUCUUCCCGGACAUCCAAUUUACGAUGGAGGAGGAGGAAAACAAUCAGCUGGCCUUCCUGGAUGUCCUCGUCUGCCGCAAAGAUUGUGGUGGCCUAAAAACCAAAGUGUUCAGGAAAGCGACAAAUACGACGCAAAUACUGAACUUCAAUAGCAAUCACCCCACCAGUCACAAACGCAGUUGCGUAAGGGCGCUAUACCGGCGCGUUGAGACGCACUGCAGUGAAAUGAAAGACAAGGUUGCUGAACUACAAUAUCUUCGACGGGUAAUGAGAGCCAGUGGUUACCCGCGCAGCUUUGUCAAUCAGUGCAUACGAAAAGGACACCAGAGACCAAAUCCAACCGUCCCCAAUUUUUGGCGGGCUCUUCCGUACGUGAAGAACUCUCGGAAGCCGUCAGUCGUCUUCUCACUCCACUUGGAGUUGGGGUUGCACACAGGCCGGAAGCAACCAUUAGGCGCCAAGUCAUGA